CCUAAAGAGGAGCGUUUUGCAGGCCGACCGACUAACAGAGUCAGUGGUGUUUAUGAGCUAUUAAAGGAUAAAUGUUCAAUGGGUUUCCACGCGGGCUGGGAGCAGCCACAUUACUUCUACAAACCAGGAGACGACACUGGAUACAAACCCAGUUUCAGACGGACUAACUGGUUUGGACCGGUGGGGCGUGAGUGUAAACUGGUGAUGGAGAGAGUGGGUGUGAUCGACCUUUCACCUUUUGGGAAAUUCACAGUGAAAGGGGAAGAUUCACACAAGCUGCUGGAUGGACUGUUGGCUAACAGCCUGCCGAAGGUGGGUCAGACCAACAUCAGUCACAUGUUGACCCCGCGGGGGCGUGUCUAUGCUGAGGUCACGGUUACCCAGCAUGCACCUGGAGAGUUCCUGCUCAUCACAGGAUCAGGAUCAGAGCUGCAUGAUCUGCGAUGGAUGGAGCGUCAGGUGUCUGAUGGUGGUUAUCGUGUGAGUGUUUUUAAUGUGACGGAUGAGAUGGGUGUUCUGGGCAUCGCCGGGCCGAACUCCCGCAAGGUUCUUCAGAAGCUGACAGAUGAAGACAUGAGCGAUGCGGCGUUCAGAUUCCUGCAGUGUAAAUCCAUUCAGCUGGCCGGCAUUCUGGUCCGGGCCGUCCGGAUCUCCUACACGGGGGAGUUGGGCUGGGAGUUGUACAUGGACAUGAGCAACAUGUCAGCGGUGUAUGAAGCGCUCAUGGGCACCGGACAGGAUGAGGGGAUUGAUAACUUUGGCACAUAUGCCAUGAACUCCCUGAGACUGGAGAAAGGAUUCAGAGCUUGGGGCGCCGAGAUGAACUGUGACACAAAUCCUCUUGAAGCUGGUUUGGAUUAUUUCAUUAAACUCAAUAAGUCUGCAGAGUUCAUGGGGAAACGGGCUCUGCUGGAGAUCAAGUCUCAGGGUUUGAAGCGUAAACUGGCGUUCCUCACACUACAUACAGACCACAUCGACCCCGAGGGCAAUGAAACCAUCUGGCACAACGGCAAAGUGGUUGGAAAUACGACAUCAGGGUCGUACAGUUACAGCACACAUCAGAGUCUGGCGUUGGGUUAUCUGCCCGGGGAUCUGCUGAACAUCGGACAGAAGGUGGAAGUGGAACUUCUGGGUAAGAAAUACCCGGCCACGGUCAGUCAGGAGCCACUGGUUCUCACGGAACCCGCCAGAACACGACUGCAGAAGAAGAAGAGCGAGAGGGAGAUCCAGUGAUGGACUGCUGUUGAAUGUUUCACCGUGUCAUUUAGUUUCUGGUCUGAUGGUGCUGUCAGGAAAGACUUCAUCUGUGAACGUCUUAAUCAACGCUGAAGUCAUCUUUAUGGGUACAAAAGUUUUCAAUGCUGCUGUAGAAACACAAUGUCUUGAUGUUUUACUCCGUGUGAACCAUCUGAAGUGACCACACAUGUGCACAUCAACUGAAAUAAAUCUCACAGUUACACAUCGAAGGAUUCCACUGGUAUUUGAUGAUACGUUCUGUUUAUCUUUGUACUGUGAAGUUUCAUUCUGAAGAAAUACACUUUAUUUUUGACCGGUUUAAUUGUGUGUCUUGCAUGAUUUUUUUGAAUGAAGAAC